AUGGACGGCCUUUUCGCAAGAAGUUCUUUGCAAGAAGAAUCUUUGAUAAUAUGCACAAUGGAAGAAUACAACGAAACAUACGACAAUAUGAUGAACAGUUCGGAGCCCUUCCAGCCGUACUACGAACGCCCGGAGACUUACAUAGUGCCUUUGGUGUUUGCACUCAUAUUUGUCAUCGGGGUAGUGGGCAACGGAACACUAGUAGCGGUCUUUGUGAGGCACAAAGCUAUGAGGAAUGUGCCUAAUACAUACAUCCUGUCACUGGCUCUCGCAGACUUACUGGUCAUCAUCACUUGCGUGCCGUUUACCUCCAUUGUAUACACCGUCGAAUCCUGGCCCUGGGGAGCUACCGUCUGUCGGAUCUCUGAAGCUGCCAAAGAUGUCAGCAUUGGUGUGUCAGUGUUUACUCUGACAGCGUUAUCUGCGGACCGCUACUUCGCGAUUGUGGAUCCUCUUAGGAAGUUACAUGCUACAGGUUAG